GGUCCUGGCGCUCCGGCCAUGCUCCGCGGAGCCCACGCUAUUGCCCCGCGCGCGGCGCCGUCCAGGUAGGCGACGCCGCCGGCCAUGCGGCUGGAGGCGCAGGACGCGCUGUAUGUGGCGCUGGAGCUGGCCAUUGCCGCGCUGUCGGUGGCGGGCAAUGUGCUGGUGUGCGCCGCUGUGGGUACGUCGAGCGCGCUGCAGACGCCCACCAACUAUUUCCUGGUGUCCCUGGCCGCGGCCGACGUGGCCGUGGGGCUGUUCGCCAUCCCCUUUGCCAUCACCAUCAGCCUGGGCAUCUCAACGGAUUUCUACAGUUGCCUCUUCCUCGCCUGCUUCGUGCUGGUGCUCACGCAGAGUUCCAUCUUCAGCCUCUUGGCUGUGGCCGUCGACAGGUACCUGGCCAUCGGUGUCCCGCUCAGAUACAAGAGUUUGGUCACAGGGACCCGAGCGAGAGGAGUCAUUGCUGUCCUCUGGGUGCUUGCCUUGUGCAUUGGACUGACCCCUUUCCUGGGGUGGAACAGUAACAGUGCCAUCAACUGCACAAAGCCCUCAAACAGCACCAUGAAUGAAAGCUGCUGCUUCAUGAAGUGCCUCUUUGAGAACGUUGUUCCCAUGAGCUACAUGGUGUAUUUCAAUUUCUUUGGCUGUGUCCUGCCCCCACUGCUCAUAAUGCUAGUGAUCUACAUCAAGAUCUUCAUGGUCGCCUGCAGGCAGCUUCAGCGCACUGAGCAGAUGGACCACUCACAGACCGUUCUCCAGCGGGAGAUCCACGCCGCCAAGUCCCUGGCCAUGAUCGUUGAUUUUGCUUUGUGCUGGCUACCAGUACAUGCCAUCAACUGUGUCACUCUUUUCCAGCCAGCCCAGGCUAAGAAUAAGCCCAAGUGGGCCAUGAACAUGGCUAUUCUCCUGUCACAUGCCAACUCAGUUGUUAAUCAUGUUUAUGCCUACAGGAACCGAGACUUCCGCUAUACUUUUCACAAAAUCAUCUCCAGGUAUGUCCUCUGCCCAGAUGUCUUCAAGAGUGGGAAUGGGCAGGGAGUUGCACAGCCUGCUCUUGACAUGGGCCUAUGACCUAGGCUCUGUCCUCUUCAAGAAGGCACACAUUCACAAUAAACCAAGGGACAGGACACAACUGGCUGAUUCUCAUCGUGAAAGACAGGCAGGCCUCAGGAGCACAUGGGCUGCCUCUUGAGCACCCCCCUGGAGUUACCACAUAUCUAACAUAUACAUUUUAUCUGUAGGGCUGACAAAUACGCUCUUACUGUGCGGAUAAAACCGAUGGCUUGACUGGAUUGUAAAAGAACAUUCUGUUUUGUUUUUAAAGUCUGCCUCUCUCAUGGUAGAAAACAAAACUAUUUUACUGUGAAACACUGAAAUAUUAUAAUACAUUUUUUAAACUUAGAGGCAAUGGAAAGUAAAAGUUGGAUGUAAUGAAAAACAUAUACUUAUUUCUAGGAAGGAGACCAAGAAAAUUAAAUAUAAAAUCUUU